AUGGGCAACGUCUGCAAGGAAUUCGUCAAACUUAAGGGAGGGAAGUUCCAGUGGGUGAUCCCAGCUGCAUCGGGAAUGUGGGUCUGCCACAAAUCCGGGGAAGAAGAGGUGUACCGCUUGCUCGAGGAACCCAACCAGCUCUACAAACGAGAGGUGCCCACCAUGGUCAGGUACAUUCACCGAUGGCUCAUGGCCAAUGAUUCUGCCGAGCACAGGCUGGACAAGGCCCUGCUGAAUCUCACCAGAGCAGACCCAGAUGACGCAGUGGUCCUCGAGAGCCUGGACUUGAGAGACUGCAGGGACAGCAUCAUGGAUGUCUUGUCAAGGCACCUGCGGAGGGAGCGUGCGGACAUUGGCAGCCAGCUUCUCAGGGUCCUCCUCCCUCCCAGGGACCAUUCCCCGCUGGCCGAAAGAAUGUGGAGCCUGACCGAAGGGCUCGUGGAGCUCCUGCAGGUCAGGGUGACCACCAUGCUACUGGACUAUCUGUUCCUGGAUAAUGGUGCCCGCAUACCCAGCCCCCUGGCCCUGCAGCUGGCUAAGGUGUUCCUGCCACUCUUUGACAACGGUGAUAGCCAGGUGCAGCAGCUCUCCAUGACUGUCUUUCAAACGUUGAUGUCUGCUGUAGAAGAAGAAGGAAAAACACCCCUGAUGACACAAGUGUGUCAGAGCCUGCUCCCACUCCUCUUCCACUGCCAUGAUGAGAAACUGCAAGUGGCAGAGACUUCUCGGGAAACGCUGCUUUGUGUGGUCAAGUUCCUGGAAAGGAAAGAUCUUGAAAAAACUGUGAAGAAAGAGAAACUCUCGAAGUUCGCUGAGCUCCUGGCCCUCCUGGGCAACGGCCUCAUCAUCAGCGCCGUAGCCUGCGGCCACCACCUGCACACGCCCAUGUUCUUCUUCCUGCUCAACCUGGCCCUCACUGACCUGGGCUCCAUCUGCACCACUGUCCCCAAAGCCAUGCACAAUUCCCUCUGGGACACCAGCAACAUCUCCUACACUGGAUGUGCUGCACAGCUCUUUCUGAUUUUCUUCUUCCUUGGAUCAGAGUAUUUCCUCCUGACCGUGAUGUGCUACGACCGCUACGUGUCCAUCUGCAAACCCCUGCACUACGGGACCCUCGUGGGCAGCAGAGCUUGUGCCCACGUGGCAGCAGCUGCCUGGGCCAGUGCCUUUCUCAAUGCUCUCAUGCACACGGCCAAUACAUUUUCCCUGCCCCUGUGCCAUGGCAAUGCUGCGGGCCAGUUCUUCUGUGAAAUCCCACAGAUCCUCAAGCUCUCCUGCUCACACAGAAAUUCCCUUAGGGAAAUGGGGCUUAUUGCAGUAAUAACCUGUUUAUGUUUUGGCUGUUUUGUGUUCAUUGUUUUUUCCUAUGUGCAGAUCUUCAGGGCUGUGCUGAGGAUCCCCUCUGAGCAGGGACAGCACAAAGCCUUUUCCACCUGCCUCCCUCACCUGGCUGUGGUCUCCCUGUUCCUCAGCACUGGUCUGUUUUCGUACCUGAAGCCCGCUUCAAUGUCCUCCCCAUCCCUGGAUCUGGCCCUGUCAGUUCUGUACUCGGUGGUGCCUCCAGCCCUGAACCCCCUCAUCUACAGCCUGAGGAACCAGGAGCUCAAGGCUGCAGUGUGGACAUUGAUGACUGGAUGGUUUCAGAAACAUUAA